GUGCAAAAUGAGUUCGUCGUCGCCGGCAACGGACGUGCUGGCAUCCCUCACAGGGUUCUACAAUGUAUCGUUCCCGAUUGUGAUGACAGUAGUCGUCGUGCUUGGAAGUCUGAGCGGGCUGUACAUCUGGGUCGCGUCGCGUCAAGUCCGUCGUCCCAAGAAACACGCGACAACCGUCGACGAAUCCGCGCAACCGUCAACGCCGUUGGGCCGCCACAUGCGCCGAAUGCAUUCGUUCAACGAAGCCGAUUUGGAGAUUGAGGUGAAGAAGCAGAGCAAGAAAGACGCGGACGAACAAGCGGAAGAAGGCGGCGACAAAUGGACCGAGACCCAAGGAUGGAGUACCCAUCAGUUGGAGAUGUUCAAGGUGCUGCGUCAAAAGUUCUUUUCCACGUCCGACAGCAAAUUCGUCGGCGAACUCAUUGGGAACGUGCAAGUGCUGACGUUCCACCAGGGCGACGUGAUCUUCCAUCGCCGCGAGUACGAUGGGUCACUUCUCUUCGUAUCAUCUGGUAGUGUGUCAUUGACAGCAUUCCACGAAGACAGAUCAUUCGUCCACACGAUCAAAACGCACGAAGGUGUGACGUCGACGUCGGCCAUCCUCCGCGGAGUCAUGGAGGACGAGGUCGAUGCCAUGGAGAUGCAAGCGGUGGCGGCGGAAACCCCGACGCUCGUGCUUCGCAUUGGCGUGGACAAACUCAAGUCCACCGUCUCCAAGUAUCCCCAAAUCGCCAUCUUCCUCGCGCACCUGUCGCUUUCGCAGCUCGAGCGCAUCACAAUGCGAUCGCUCGUCGAUUACUUUGGCUACCUGGACGACCUGUUCAUCCCCAAGACGUACUUCGACGUGCGGACGGACGACGCCGCCGCCGUCCGGGCGAUUUCCACGGCGCUGGGUCUCGACUUUGCCGAGUCGCACGCCCGAUUUGCCCACGCGACGCAAAUCCGCUCCCUGGCGGACGGGUGUCUGGUGGAAACGCCGUCGGACGAGGGCGACGGUGUCGCAGACGUGUACUUUGUGCUCGAAGGCGCGGUCUCGGUGGACAUUUUGCUCUGCCAUCAAAGCAGCAGCGAAGACCAGUUCGUGACCUUGUACACUGUUCCACCAGGGUGCUGCCUUGGCAUGGCUUCCGCCAUUGUCGGCAACACAGGAUUGCUCAAAGCUCGAUCCGUCGUGCAUGCAAAAGCCGUGGGGCGCACACGGGUCGUCCAAUUGAAUGGCGAAGUGUUUCGAACGCUAUUGCAAUCCCAUCCCGCCUUUUUCAAUCGCUGUGUGCAGACUGUGGUGCGGCAAUAUGGGUCGCAAGUAGCCCUACUGGACAAUUUCUUCGAGUGGGUGCAUGUGGACAGCGGCAACGCCGUGUAUCACGUCGGCGACGCGUCCGAUUCCAUGUACACGCUGCUCACGGGACGCUUGCGUGAAGUUCACAACCAAGCCAGCAGCACGGGCAAGGUCGUCAAGCACACGAGAGAGCUCGUCAAGGGCGCGACGUUGGGGGCCAUGGACUUGCUCGCGUCGAGUAAGCGGGCGUCGACGGUGUAUGCCAUUCGAGACUGCCAGCUGUCGAAAAUGCCGCGGGUGGUGUUGGAGUACAUGCUGCGUGCGCAACCGCAAGUGUUGAUUCACUUUACCCGCGAAAUGGCCAUUCACAACACCGACAAAAGCGACAGCGAGUUUGUGUCGAAUUUGGCAACGCGAUCGCCCAUGGAGUUACCUGUGACAACGAUCGCCGUGCUCGGCGGAACCAACGGCAUCGACGUGCACGAGUUCACGACGGCGCUGCACAAGGCCCUGCAUACGAUUGCAACGACCGAAGUCGUGUCGUCCAAGAAGGCGGCGCUGCAUUUUCGCGGCCAGUGUCGCAGUCUGGGCAUGUCGGCGUGGCUGGCGGAGAUGGAAAGCUCGCACCAAUUGGUCGUGCUCGAGGCAGACGUAGGACUGACGCCAUGGACCAAGCUGUGCAUCCGCCAGGCCGACCACAUCCUGCUCGUGUGCAAAGACACGGACCACGAGCUCGACCUGAACGACCUGAACGCGUUGCUCCAUCAAGCGUAUACGAUCAAGAACGUCGAAGUCAACAUCGUGCGCAUGAAAUCGACGCAGGCCAACGUGGCCACCGCCAUGCCGCCGUUUCAUCAGCUCGAGUACGUCAACUACUUCCACAAUAUCCGAGUGCCGCUGCAGGAUAACCCGAACGACUUGCUGCGUGUGGCGCGUCGGUUGACGGGGCGGUCCAUCGGUCUUGUGCUCGGCGGCGGCGGCGCCCGCGGCCUCGCGCACAUUGGCAUCCUCAAGGCGCUGGAAGAGUGUGGCCUCGACGUGGACGUAGUCGGCGGCACGAGCAUGGGCGCGUUCAUCGCGGCGCUAUACGCCCAGCACCCCAAGGACCUGGCGCGCGUCGUCCAGCACGCCAAGCGCUUCUCCAACAAAGCUGCGAGCAAAAUCGCCAAGUUGUGGGAACUCACGCUGCCGAUCGCAUCCUGGUUUGACGGUUCAGGGUUCAACGCUGGACUGCAGCUCGAGUUUGGCGCAACGCGCAUCGAGGACUUGGUGCUGAAUUUCUUUUGCAUUUCCACCGACAUUGUCAAGAAAUGCACGGGGGUGCAUCGCGCGGGCACGCUGUGGCGAUACGUGCGCGCGUCCAUGUCGUUGCAGGGGUACUUACCGCCGAUUUCCGAGCCGAAUGGAUCGCUCUUGCUGGAUGGCGGGUACGUGAACAACCUCCCCGCGGACGUGAUGAAAGAGGAAGGUGUCAAGAUCGUGUUUGCCGUCGACGUUGGCCGCGAUACUACGCGCGAGUACUUUCAUUAUGGCGACUCGCUGUCGGGGUGGUGGGUAUUUUGGAAUAAGGUCAACCCGUUCGCGCCCACGGUGCAAGUGCCGUCCAUGGGCGAGAUCACCGACGCCCUUGCGUACGCUGCGUUCUACCAAAACAAGGAUUACGUCAUCAACCACUACGUGGACCUGUUCUUCAAGCCCCCGGUCCAGGACAUCGGCACCCUAGACUUUGACAAGCUUGAGCUCACAGUGCAGAUUGGGUACGACUAUGCACUUCCCAAGAUCCGCGACUGGAUGAAGAAGAACCCGCACUUGAUUACGCAUCUUCGCAAACAUCCCCCCCAAGCCCCCAAACCACAUCGAAGCACUGCCAUGCGAUAAGUGAGUUACUAUGUAUCGUUAACGAGUUGGAACCGGAUACGGCAAGAUAGCGCUAAUGAACCCUGCGAUGAGGUUCUCCACGGCUCGAUCGACCAUGCGAUGUCUCGUUGCCACGGUGGCGGACCCAAUGUGCGGCACGACAAUGCAGUUGGGCAGGUCGUACAGCUAGGUUUAAUACAGUAUACUUGUCAAUGUUAUGAGAAAGAGCA